AAUUCUUAAGAAUUGCAUAUGAUAAAUAACUAUUAACAAACGUGAAUUUAACUCAAGAUUUUUCAAUUGUUAAUGGCGUGUAUAAAAUGUCACCAAGUAAAUGUACCACUGUAAUAGCUGGUAUUUUAGAAGAUCGUACUUUUAAUCAUAUAUGCUUCAUUGCUGAAAGUUUAUCCACUCUGUUACCGAAUUUUUAUUAUAAAUGCAUUUACAAAAGUUCAUCAGAAUGGGAAGUUUAUGAUGUAAAACUGCAACAACGUAAAUGUUUAUGUACACCAGAAGAGUGUCAUCAAAUAACAAUAAUAGGAGCAGGAACAUCAGUAUGUCCAGAUUUGGUUUGCCAGUUAUUAAUGACAAAAGAACUUUGGUGGACACAUGGAAUUAUUAUUAAUUUAUAUGACGAGCCAGGAUGUUUUUUUAAACUUAAAAAAAUACAUAGAGAUGCACGAGCAGUGGGUUCAGGUUUAAAUAGAGUGACUGUUUUAGACAAUGUACCUGAUGGAUUAAAAGAUUGUAAUAUAUUGAUAUACCUUGAUUCUUUUUUAAGGGAAGAACAUGAGGGUACAGAUGAAUUAUUGCAAAGAAAUUAUAAAUACAUAGAAGGAUUGUGUAUACAAAUAAAUGAAUAUGCACCCCCUUCCAUGAAAGUAAUUUUCUGCUCACCGGGUUUUACAUGUUUUUAUGUUAAUAUCGUACAUAAAUUAGUUACAAAAUUACCAAGUACAAAUAUUGUAGCUGUUAGUUCUCAUUACGGUUUAGAACUCAUAUAUCCAUUGGUACAUUCAUUAGGAUACACUUUAAAAAACUUCGGAUGUCCACCUGUAUGGGGCUAUUUGGGUUUGUUUUUACAUUAUUCAACUAUAGGAAUCAACUACUUUGUAGAUGUUGAUCGCAUGAUUCAAAAAGUUCAAACUCCACAGCAUGCAGAAUUAAGAUGGUUCUUCUAUAUGUCACAUAAUAAAAAGCCUUACAAAGAAAAUCUUAAACGGAAGGCACUUGCACAGUAUCAAUUAGGUAGAUCGGAAGAUUUUCAAAAAUGCAGAGCAAUUUGCGAUCUUUUAAAACUAUGGUAUAGCAAGAAAGAAAAUAUUGGAGACGAGAUUAUAUCAUUAGGAAUUGCAUCUGAUGGAUCUUUCGGUAUUCCAAAGGGACUCGUAUUCUCACAACCAGUACAUUUAAAAGUAUUAGAAGAUAAUUCACGAAUAUGGAUCCCUUUUAAAGAUUUCCCAAUGCCAAAUAUGCCAAUUUCUAUAUUUCGCAGUUUCAUAGACACUGCUAUAAUUAUUAACGAAAAAAUAACAGAAUUAAUACAGAAUUCUAAAUUUAAAGAAAAAUUUCCAGAAAUUAUUUAAUAAAUAAUUUGAAAUAUCUUUAAUCAAAAGAAUCAUUAUUUUAUUAUAUUAUUUAAUAUACAUAAAUACGAUAAAAGUAUGCAAAUUUAACAUAUCUAUUCAAAUUGAUCAUUGUUUUAUACAUUUACAAUUCUUAAAAUUGCACAUUUUGUAUAACCACUUAUUCUUUUCAUUUAAUUUAGACUUCAGCUGAUAUUUGAACAAUAAAAAUUAAAAACAUAUAUGAAAAUCACAUUAUGUAAUGUGCAACGAACCAUAGACGAUUAUACGAAACAUAAAUUUAAUAUGUGUGAUUAAAUUUACAUGUUUACUGAAUAAAUCAUAAGAAGAAUAAUAAAGUUUCUUAAGAUAAAUUUAUUACCUAGUAAAUACAAUUGAAUAAAUUAACUAAGAAAUAUUACCACUGAUUGCUUGAAAAAGAUCAUUGCGCUUAUAGUGAUUCUUUUAAAAAUAGUUGCAGAAAUAAUACUUUUCGCCAUAAUUAAUGUACUGGAAUUUGAUAUUACAAUUUUCUUGUAUAUA